CCCAGACAAUUUCAUUUAAAGGCAUAAUAUACCAUAUACUUUGAAGCUUAAUUUUCUAAUUUUGCUUUACCCACUAAAAUGUUUUCAAACAUAUUUUAUUUUAGGAUUUUUAUUUUGAUAUUGUACAGCUGGAUUUUGUGAUUUCACUGUUAUUUCACAUGCAGCUUGAAUGGGUGUGAACAUCAGCAAAGUGAAAUGGUUCCAGCCAACAGAAUGUGAUCUCCCCUGGCCCUGCCUGGAACAGAUCUAUGUGUCUGGCCCUACAAAUGGCACAUGGUAAAUCCCUUUGCUUCUAGCUCUUAAUUCAUUGCUUUCCCUGUUUCUGAAUAUACUUAUGGCUAAGUUUGUAUUCAAACACUCGAAAGUACCACUUCUCAGUCUGGACACAAUUGCCAAGACUCUAAUUUGGUUCUGGACUUUGGUCAACCUGUGUGCCUUGUUAUUUCACUCCAGCAGUUGGUGAGUAAGGAAAUGACCCUUCAAUUUCCUCUGCUUUGUCAUCUGAUCUCUAAGGUGAUUUAAUUUUCUAAGUAUUUCCAUAUCAUCAGACUCUAUAUUUUAUGGAUUUUACUAAAGUCUAUAAGGAAUUAAAAAGAAUUUUG